CAGGGGCUCUGUUGGGAAAACGUGCCGGUAUAAGAGCAUCGCUGCCCUAUCGAGGUCUAGGCCUAUCGGAACAUCGAUAGUACUGUACUAUGGAUUUGAUGUUCUACAGCAGGCUGCGGCCCCAGGAAUACAGACUCAAUGCUACAUACAACCGCGCACACUUGACAAGACAUCUCAACAAGGCAAAGGACAAAAGAUCAAAUAACUAAUGUGCACGGCAGAACAGCAACCAAUCAUCAAACACGUGCUUAUCAUCAAUCUGUUCACUUCAUUUUCCUGUGCAAGGGGGCGCUGUCUCGCCUCGGAUUCCUCUUCGAUUUGCCCCUGUCCCCAGAUCUCCGAACCGCCAAGGGCCAGGCUGCGCUAGAGCUGCGCGCUGGACAGCAAAUGUGGCCAGUUGAGCUUCCAACACAGCUUCGCCACAGCAGUUUCGCGGCCCUUUGGCGAAAUCCGCCUUAAUUUUCAUUCAUUCCUCUAGCCAGUGACCUGUUCAGAUUUGCAGCCAUCAUGCUCUGCCGUGCUCUUCUCUAACCUCAUAUUCUUUCCUCCUCUUCUGCAGCAGCGGUAGCCUUUUCCUCUUCUGUCUUCGCUCAUUUUAUUCCUUCUAAUUUAACAAAGAAAAAAAAAACCCACGCCUAUUUGCCGGCCCCCUCUACCUCUUGUGCACCGUAUAGGACCGUCUCUCGUUUCAACACGCCCUUUCCUUUUCGUCUUUUUUUCUUUUCGUUAUCACUUCAACAUGGCCGACACAGUUUCGCUUCUGCGGAGACUAAUUCUCGAGUCGCCGCCGGGAGAAUGGGCCGUCAACCAGCUCCGCGAGCUGCUCAUUGGCGCCCUCAAGCAGGGACCGAUCCCUCAACAUGUUGCCUUCGAGAUGGACGGUAACAGGCGUUACGCAAGAAGUCGUCGCAUGGAGACCGUCGAGGGGCACCACCGUGGCUUCGAGGCCCUGGCUAGAAUCAUGGAAAUCUGCUACAAGUGUGGUGUCAAGGUCGUUACCGUUUACGCGUUCAGUAUUGAAAACUUCAACCGGCCAAAGUACGAAGUGGAAGGCCUCAUGCAGCUUGCAAAGGUCAAGCUGGAGCAACUGACGACAUAUGGCGACAUUCUUGACCGCUACGGGGCCUGUGUUCGAAUCCUCGGCCAGCGUGAGAUGAUACGCGAUGACGUAUUGGAGGUCAUGGACAGAGCCGUAGCAAGGACUAAGCAUAACAACAAGGCUGUCCUGAACAUUUGCUUCCCAUACACAUCGAGAGCAGAGAUGACGACCGCGAUCCGAUCAACCGUGCAGGAAUUCCUAUCUCCAACGCCCCCCAAGAACACACCAUUUUCUCCAUCGCGUAUAAGGCAAAAGAUACUUUCGGGUCAACUCGACGGCCGCGACCUACUGCCGACCAUUCCAGAUGAACCACUCGACGAUGGCGAGUAUGAGGGCAAAGAUAUAGAUGACGGAGACGACAACGACUCUUCUGGAUCCGCCACUCUUCCCCCGGGCUCCCCUGAGCCUCGCUUGCUAUCCAGGUCAGGAUCCUACGGCUCUACGACGCUACCCAACCCCGACAACAUCACAGUCGACACCAUCGAGAGACACAUAUAUACCGCCGACGACCCUCCUUUGGACCUCUUUGUCAGGACAAGUGGCGUUGAGCGGCUCAGCGAUUUUAUGCUCUGGCAGUGCCACCAGGAUACGCACAUAUUCUUCCGCAAGUGCCUGUGGCCGGACUUUGACCUCAAGGACUUCAUAUGGGUCCUGCUGGAGUGGCAAUGGAGGCAGAAGCAGUCUGACAGAGAGAAGCCCUCUGGCAGGGCGGGGACGGCCAAGGCGCGAAGCAUGAUGGAGUAAAUUACGGCGACGAUACCCCCGUUUUCUUUCUAUAGAGAGGCAUGGCAUAUUACAUCAUAUCGCAUAUUAUUAGUAGCUGGUGCUCUUGGGUUAUUCGAUUCUGGCCAUGCAUUUGUUGUGUUACAGCAGUUUACAUCUCUCCUUGUUUGCCCUCUCUUGCCCUCUUUUUCUUUGUUUGAUUUUGAUCUUAAUUUUCCGUUAGAAUCGCUAUAGAGCCUCUCUCAUUCGCAAUGCAAUAGAAUUCAAGCGCACGUAAA